UUACUUUUUGUAUCAUCUCGGAAAUUUUUAGUUAUGGGCGUUUUUAUUAAUUUUGUUGUGCAAUUAACCCUAUGUAGAUGUGUGAUGACAUCUCCCCUGGUCGUCAACACAUGGCCCUUUACGAAUGCGACCGAGACAGCCUGGCAGAUCCUGUCAGCAUCUGGCUCUGCUCUGGAUGCUGUGGAGAUGGGCUGCACCACUUGCGAGAAGCUGCAGUGUGAUGGCACUGUGGGGUUUGGUGGUAGUCCAGAUGAGAAUGGCGAGACAACACUUGAUGCCAUGAUAAUGGAUGGUGACACCCAAAACGUGGGCGCCGUGGGGUGUCUGCGGCGCGUGAAGAGCGCGGCGUCGGUGGCGCGUGCCGUGCUGGAGCACACGCGCCACACGCUGCUCGUGGGAGAGCUGGCCACGCAGUUCGCGCUCCAGCUGGGCUUCAAAGAGGAGACGCUCGAGACGGACCACUCGCGCCAGCUGCACCAGCAGUGGCGGGACAACAACUGUCAGCCCAACUUCUGGAUGAACGUGAAGCCGGACCCAGCGCAGAGCUGCGGGCCGUACUCUCGCGACUGGGCUGCCGCGGCUGCAGCGCAGGCGUCGACUCCUUCAUGGGCCAGCGCCAAAGCACAUGACACCAUCGGGAUGGUAGCCAUCGACAGUCAGGGAAAGAUGGCCGCCGGUACCAGUACGAACGGAGCCAUCCACAAGAUUCCGGGCCGCGUUGGCGACAGUCCGGUGCCGGGCGCCGGCGCCUACGUGGACGGCGCGGUCGGAGGCGCGGCCGCCACCGGUGACGGAGACGUCAUGAUGCGUUUCCUGCCGAGCUUCUUCGCCGUGGAGGCGAUGCGGAGUGGCGCCGAGCCGGCCGAAGCGUGUCGCUCGGCUCUGGCGCGGAUCGUGGCCCGCCACCCGGAGUUUGUCGGGGCCAUGGUGGCUCUGACGAAGGACGGUCGCCACGGCGCCGCCUGUCACGGUAUAGACAGUUUCCCGUACAGUGUGGCCGGAGGCGGAGACGGGGUGCGGGUGAUAAAUGUGAGCUGUGAAUGAGCUGUGGGAAUCAGCUGGCUGUGAGGGCGAUCAGGUGGUCAACGAGACAGGAAUUGGGAAUCUGGAGCUGCCAGUCGAAGCGGGUUAUGGUAAAAUUGUGGAUUUUUAUUCUCUCACUUGUGACGCGGUCUUUGAUGACUGAUGGGUCCCCCAUGCCGUUUAUUUCUUUGCUUGCCAAUGGAGAUUUAUGAUAUUCUAUCAAGCAACGAUAUUAUGCGGGAUUCAAUACACCAACUGUCAACAUAGCACAUAGCACUGUAUUCAUCGUGCUUUGUUUUGGUCAUGCACUACAUACAAUAUUGCAAAUGCAACUACGAUGAUACUAUAGGGAUUAGGACGAGUGUUAACCAAUGGGCUACGUGACCGAUCGAAUGACUAGAGUAGGUGCAUGGAAGCCGUACUUU